AUGGAAGAAGAAAAAUCAGUUCAAUUUUCCUCUGAGCCAAUUCAUCAUGCUGAGGAAAAUGGCCACGGCUGGCAAAAAGUGACCUACGCUAAAAAACAGCGGAAAAAUAAGACGACGUCGGAUUCUUCUAGGGUUGCAUCUAAUGGAUCCUCUGCUGUUUCGGAGAAAAAUAAUGUCUUCAAGAAUUUGGAGAAGAACGCGGAGGCUCGCCGGCGGACACUGGAGGCGCAGCGCGCUGCAGCUGCUAUUUAUGAUGAGGAUGAUGCACCGGUGAGAUCGAAGAAGAGAUGGGGGGAUGAGGAUGAGGAUGAUGAAGGAAAUGAGGCGGAUGGUAAGCUGAAGGAGAAUCUUUCAGCCAAGGCGACUCAGAAAGAGAAGCCGAAGAAGGUUAAGAAGCCUAAGGUAACUGUGGCUGAGGCGGCUGCAAAGGUUGACGCUGCGGAUCUUGCUGCUUUCCUCUCUGACGUGUUGGUGUCGUAUGAGGGGCAGCAGGAAAUACAAUUGAUGAGAUUUGCAGAUUAUUUUGGGCGUGCAUUUUCAGCAGUGAGCGCAUCGCAGUUUCCUUGGCUGAAGUUGUUCAGGGAGUCUACGGUGGAAAAAAUCGCUGAUGUCCCUGUAUCGUAUAUUUCCGAAGCUGUUUACAAGACUUCAGUUGACUGGAUUAAUCAUUGUUCCUAUGAUGCACUUGGUUCUUUUGUGUUGUGGUUAUUAGAUGGCAUCCUUGCUGACUUGACAACCCAACAGUUAGGGUCUAAGGGCUCCAAGAAAGGAGGGCAACCAACACCCUCGAAGUCUCAGGUCGCCAUCUUUCUAGUUUUAGCUAUGGUAUUACGCCGGAAACCUGAUGUUGUAAUUAAUCUACUACCGAAUUUGAGGGAAAACAAGUAUCAAGGGCAAGAUAAACUUCCAGUUGUUGCAUGGAUGGCAGUGCAGGCCUCUCGAGGAGAUCUGGCUGUAGGAUUGUACUUAUGGGCUCAUCAUAUUUUGCCUAUGCUUAGAGGCAAAUUGGGCUCUAACCCGCAAUCUAGGGAUUUGGUUUUGCAGGUUGUGGAAAGAAUUCUGUCAGCACCAAGAGCUCGUGGUAUAUUAGUAAACAGUGCAGUUAGAAAGGGGGAGCGCUUGAUUUCACCUGCAUCGCUUGACCUACUGCUACAUGUAACAUUCCCUGGGUCUUCUGCACGAGUCAAGGCAACCGAAAGGUUUGAGUCGAUCUAUCCAACUCUAAAAGAGGUUGCUCUUGCUGGUGCUCCUGGAAGCAAAGCCAUGAAACAAGUAUCACAGCAGAUACAGGCUAUAGCUGUGAAAUCAGCUGAAGAAGGGAUCCCAGAGCUAACCGAGGAAGCAAUUAGCAUAUUUGUCUGGUGUUUGACUCAGAAUCCUGAUUGCUACAAGCAAUGGGACAAGAUCUAUAUGGACAACAUAGAGGUUAGCGUUGUGGCCUUGAGGAAGCUUUCCAAGGAGUGCAAGGAGAUACCAUUGGAACAGUCUUCUCUCGAAGCAUUGAGGCAAACUCUAAAGAUUUUCCAGCAAAAAAAUGAGAAAGCAUUAGCUGGUGGGUUGGAUGUUGCUCGCCAAGCUUUCUUUAAGGAAGCAAACAAAUACUGUAAGGUAAUACUGGGCAAAAUAUCACGUGGGCACAGUUGUGCCAAAACUAUGGCCUUUGCAUUUGUGUUACUGGCAGUAGGAGCAGCCAUAAUCUCCCCAAAGCUGGAUGAAUGGGAUUGGGACAAGUUCAUGGCUUUGUUCAAUGCUCACUAA